GAGAGAAAAAGUUAGGAAAAGGAUUAUUUUCAUGCAUUUGCAAGUCACUACGAUAUCUUUCUAAAAUUUAACGCACCCUUCCGUUGAUUCCGACAACGGAGUGUAGUCAGUUGUGCCGCUCGUUGAUAACUUAGUGGUAUUGGAAUCCAACAAAAUGUUCAGGAACCAGUAUGACAACGAUGUGACAGUAUGGAGCCCUCAGGGUCGAAUACAUCAGCUGGAGUAUGCCAUGGAGGCCGUAAAGCAAGGCUCAGCCUGUGUGGGACUCAAGUCCAAGACUCAUGCUAUUCUCGUUGCCCUGAAGAGGGCCCCCUCAGAACUGUCUGCUCACCAGAAGAAGAUUUUGCCAAUCGAUGACCACGUUGCUGUUUCCAUCGCUGGGCUCACUGCAGAUGCGCGGUUGCUAUGUAACUUCAUGAGGAACGAAUGCCUGAACUCCAGAUGGGGCUGGAACAAGCCUUUGCCCGUGUCACGUCUGGUCUCCAUGAUCGGGAGCAAAUCACAAAUCCCUACACAGAGAUAUGGCCGUCGGCCUUUUGGAGUGGGAUUGUUAGUAGCCGGCUAUGAUUCUCAGGGUCCCCACAUCUACCAGACUUGCCCAUCGGCCAACUACUACGACUGUAAAGCCAUGGCCAUCGGAGCCAGGUCACAGUCGGCCAGAACAUACCUGGAGAAGCACCUCGACGUCUUUCUGGAUUGUUCUCUGGAUGAGCUGGUGAAGCACGGUCUGCGAGCCUUGAGGGACACGUUGCCGACGGAGGUGGACCUCACACAGAAGAACUGCUCCAUUGGAAUUGCUGCAAAAGACACCAAGUUUGCCAUCUUAGACGAUGAUGCUGUGGCCCCAUAUCUGGCUUUGAUUGAAGGAGAAGAAAGGAGCUCCCGCGCACCUCAAGAAGAGUCUGCCGCCCCGAUGGAGGCAGAGGAAGAGGGCGGGGCUCAGCCCGAGCCUGUCCCAGCGGACCCGCAGUCUGUGGACGACACCAUGGACCAAUGAGAGGAGAGCCGUCCGUCACAUCAUGUCCCUGCCUGAACAACACUUUAUACUGUUAGUGGUUGCAGUCGCUGAGAAGAAUUUUGUGGUUUUUGUUGCUGUUCAGCAGAUAGGCUUCUUUACCUGGGGUUUAUAUUACUAUGAUGUCUGGAUCGAUGACUACAUAUUACUAUAAUGCUACAAAGACUCUUUUGCAGUAAGUAAUAUUUUACAUUCGUGUCGAUUUAAUUUCAGCUAUAGCACUUUUGGUCAGUGAUAUGAAGGGUAAUGUAAGGAUAUCGUCUCAAAAAUUGUUUUUUUUAAACAGAAAUCUGGGUCAUUCUAUGGGUCUUGUACUCCCCCUCCCCUCCAUUUUUGUUGUUGUGUCCCUCGGUUUAUUUUAAACUUGUUUAAAAUUGAAGUUUUUUACUUUCUGUGAACGUCACUGGCAACAUUAUAUUUUUUGUUUGUGAGGAAUGAAUAAGCAUGAUGAUCACUUCCUGUAUCUGGAUGCUUGGUCUAGAGGUGGUGAGGAGACUCCGGCAUCUGACCAUUGUUACAAAUCAUCUGUCAUGUCAUAUGGAAUAAACUUUUGUCACUUAAUUCCA